AUUGGCAAGCCUGACUUUUCCCGCUGAAAUGUUUGUCAUUUUUACGGCAUACUGGAAGAUCGAAUCGAAGUAAGUUUUGUUUUGUUCUAAAGUUUUUUUGAAAAAACAUGGAUUUGCCUUAUCGCGCAGAAUAUGCAAAAAGUAGUCGUUCUAGCUGUAAGGGUUGUAAAUCAACCAUCGGUCAGGGAUCACUUCGACUUGCAGUUAUGGUCCAAUCGUUUCAUUUUGACGGAAAGCAACCCAAUUGGUACCACUUUAAGUGCUUCUUUAACAAGCAGAGAGUAAAGACGGUUGAUGAUAUUGAACAUUUUGAGUCACUUCGCAUUGAUGAUCAAGAUAAAAUUAAAGAGAAUGUUGGCGUAGGCGAUGUCAUUAUCGUUCCAGACGCCAAGAAGGGUAAAAAGAGGAAGGGUGAUAAAACAGAUGCAGCUGCCAAAAAACUUGCAUUAAAAGAUUUCACUAUUCAGUAUGCCAAAUCUGGCAGAGCCAUGUGCAGAGGGUGCGAACAGAAGAUUUUAAAAGAUGAAAUACGUAUUUCAAAAAAAGAUUUUGAUACAGAUAUUGGCAAGCAGUAUGGUGGGCAGGAUAUGUGGCACCAUGUAACUUGUUUUGCUCAACUAAGGUCUAGCCUCGGAUAUUAUGAGUGUGGAGAUAAACUUCCUGGGUUUAAAGACCUAAGUAAGGAGGAUCAAGCAAAUGUAAAAAAUGAAAUUCCUGCUAUUAAACAGGAAGACUUUCCAGAAGUGAAAAAAGUGAAAGUUGAGGAUGAUCCUCAAGACAAGGAAUACCGAGAGCAAAAUAAAAUUAUCUUUGGAUACCGGGACAAACUGAAGGAUCUGAGUAAACCGCAGAUGGUUGCAUUGUUGGAAUUUAAUGAUCAAGAUGUGCCACAGGGUGUUGACAGGAUGCUGGACCGUUUAAGCGAUGUCAUGGCAUUUGGAGCACUAUUGCCAUGCCCUAAGUGUAAAGAUGGCCAGUUGGUGUUUAAUAAAGCCGGCUACAUUUGUACAGGUGUUUUAAGUGAAUGGGCUAAAUGUCAAAAUAUCAUUAAGGAACCAAAACGUAAAAAAUUUGUUGUCCCUGACGAUUUGGCUCAGGAGUAUAAGUUCCUGAAGAAAUAUAGAUAUGUUAAGCGGACGAGAAUCGUAAGGGAUGUGAACCCAACAGUGUCCGUAAAGAAGGUGGCUAAGGAUGAGGCUGACGGGCCAAAGGUGGUAAGGGUAUUACCAGCCCUGUAUGACAUGGAAUUUGUGAUAUUAGGUCAUCCAUCGAGAGGCAAGGACGUCCUUAAGAAGCAAAUUCAAAGUCUCGGAGGCAAAGUGACCACAAAAAUUAGUAAAACUGUGAUGGCUGUCAUAGCCACUCCAGAAAUGGUAGAGAAGAUGGGUACCCGAAUAAGUGAAGCGGAAACUGAACAAGUUCAAGUAGUUCCUGAAGAUUUUGUAGAUCAGGCCAAAGACAGUGCGGGCAAAAUUCCAGAACUGAUUAUUAAAAAGAGCAUAUGUACUUGGGGAUCGGAUCCCACUACUCGUUUACCUUCGGUGGCGUCCAGCAGCAACCAGAAAUCAGAAAAGUCCCGAAGUCGAUUUAUCAGUUCUGUUCCAAGCAAAGUCAAGCUGAAACUAAAAGGGGGCGGGGCCGUCGAUCCCGACUCGGGUCUCGAAGAUGUCGCCCAUGUCUACCAAAAUGGUGAAGAUAAAUUCACUGCGGUGUUGGGCCUCACUGAUGUUCAAUCGAACAAGAACAGUUACUACAAGCUGCAAGUCCUUCAGUCAGACCAGGGAAACCGCUUUUGGUUGUUCAGGUCGUGGGGCAGGAUCGGGACAACCAUCGGAGGUAACAAGACGGAGGAGAUGAGCACGCUGAACGAAGCGAAACGCCGAUUUUGCGAUUUGUAUUUGGAAAAGUCCGGCAACAACUGGGACGAUAGACACGAUUUUGUUAAAAUGCCGGCUCUUAUGUAUCCCAUCGAUGUGGAUUAUUCGAGCGACGCCCCCGAAAACUAUAACAUUGUGCACACAGAGUCCAAACUACCCAAAGCAGUCCAGGAUCUGAUUAAGCUGAUAUUUGACGUCAACCAAAUGAAAAAGCUAAUGCUUGAAUUUGAACUGGAUACGGAGAAGAUGCCGCUAGGCAAACUGAGCCAGCGGCAGAUCAACAGCGCGUUCGGCGUGCUAUCGGACCUGCAGAAAAUGGUGGAGAAGGGGGCGUCCGACCAGAGCUUCAUCGAAGCCACCAAUCGGUUUUAUACGUUCAUUCCCCACAGCUUCGGGGCAGACGAGGUUCCCAUUUUGAAAGAUGCUGAGGUUAUAAAGCAAAAACUGGAAAUGUUGGACAGUUUAAGAGAGCUUGAGAUCGCGUACAAUCUGAUGAAAUCGUCGGGAUCCGAGCACACCGUGGACUCUUACUACCAACAACUGAAAGCGGAGAUAAAUGUUCUGCACAAGGAACACGAGCACUUCCAGAUUAUCGAGGAAUAUAUCAAAAACACCCACGCUGCUACGCACGGCAGCUACGAGUUGGAAGUGGAAGACAUAUUCACAAUUGCGAGAGAGGGCGAGGAAAAACGCUACAAGCCUUUCCGGAAGCUGCCCAACCGCAAACUGCUGUGGCACGGCUCGCGCACCCAGAACUUCGCCGGUAUCAUUUCUCAAGGGUUGAGAAUAGCGCCGCCAGAGGCGCCGGUGACGGGCUACAUGUUCGGCAAAGGUAUCUACUUUGCCGACAUGGUGUCCAAGUCAGCCAACUACUGCUGCACGAACCCCAGCAGCCCGACCGGUCUGCUGUUGGUUUGCGAGGUCGCCUUAGGCAAUGUUCAUGAGAGACAGCACGCAGACUAUGUAGUCCAGUUGCCCAAGGGGAAGCAUAGUGUCAAGGGCGUAGGUCGGACACAUCCCGAUCCGUCCUACGUAAAGGAGAUUGAAAAAGUGGAGGUGCCAUUAGGCAAACCGGUGCCGAAUCCAGGAACUGAAGAGAACUCUCUGCUGUACAAUGAAUAUAUCGUCUAUGACAUUGCUCAGGUACGCAUCAGGUACCUAGCAAGGGUCAACUUCAAAUACAAGUAUUAAACAUUCCCCUUGAAUUUUCGAGCCAUUUUUACGUUUUGCUGUUAUUUUGCUAGUGGAAU